AUGUCGGCGUCACGCUCUCUGCUUCUGACCGCUUCAAGGCUUGCGGCUGCCAGCUCGAGUUCGCAGACCGCUCUGGCUACGCGAGCGCUAUCGACGUCGUCGGCACAAAAUGCGAUCACCAAGUUCGCCAUGCCGGCCAUGUCACCCACCAUGACCUCGGGUGGCAUCGCUGCUUGGAAGCUCAAGGAAGGCCAGGCAUUCUCAGCGGGCGAUGUUCUGCUCGAGAUCGAAACCGACAAGGCUACGAUGGAUGUCGAGGCUCAAGAAGAUGGUGUUCUGGCUAAAAUCAUUGUCCAGGAUGGAAGCAAGGAUGUGAGUGUCGGCAAGACAAUCGCCAUGCUCGCCGAGGAAGGCGAUGACAUUUCCAACGUCGAGGUGCCCAAGGAUGACGAAGCGACUUGCACCACGUCAGACGAGCGCAAGUCGGUACCAGAGCCAUCGACCCAGACAGCCGCCUCCACUGGCUCUGCAUCCCCAUCUUCACCAAACGCUUCCAGCUCGGACACACACCUCUCUUUCAAGGGACCGCUCUUCCCUUCGGUACAGCGACUCAUCGCUGAAAACGCAAUCGAGGACGCCGAGACCAAGAUCAAGGGUACCGGCGUACGUGGAAUGAUCACCAAGGGUGAUGUGCUCGCCUUCCUCGGCAAAGCCAAGUCACCCACCGGCUCUUUCAAGGAGGCCAAGGGAGGAAUUGCUAUUCUCGGUCCUUCGCAGGGUACUCGCAAGGAUGGUUCCGCUUCCACCACGUCGACUGCUCCUAAGACGCCAUCCGAGCCAUUGACGGGCGACGCCCUUCGCUCACUCAUCAUUGGCGGUCUUGCUUCCUCUUCCCGCUCGGCACGACAGCAAACUGCAUCUGCACCUGCACCAGCAGACCAGGCUCAGGCAUUCUCGCAACAGGUGGUCGACAGUGCUCUCGAGGGCUACAGCUUUUCAUCGGCACCAGCACCCCAACUCGCACGCAGCCGAGCAACGCGCAAGGACGGUAUUCGUUCCGAUGACCCGCUCUGGGAUUUGAUCUGA